AGGGAAUAACUGGAUCUCAGUUACAGAACGGCAGAUUUCUGCAGAAACUUCUUGAUGGUGAAGCUGUCAGGAUGGCUCAUUGACAGAAGGCCUGCAGCUGAUCUGGAAUCUUUGAAUCCUAAACUACAGCAACUCUAUCUUGUCCAAACAGUGGAUUGAUGGAAAAGCUGCAGUCCUGUGCAUGCCUUUCUGGGAGACAGCCCCAGUGAACACAGUGGAUCAGUUCUGAAUAAAUAUCCACAGGCUUGUGUUGCUGGAAUGGGUGGAAAUCAUAGAGCCUCGCACCCGGGAGCGCAUGUAUGCCAACCUGAUCACAGGGGAGUGCGUCUGGGACCCGCCCCCUGGCGUCCGUAUCAAGCGCACCAACGAGAACCAGUGGUGGGAGCUCUUUGACCCCAACACCUCGCGCUUCUACUACUACAAUGCCACCACCCAGCGGACGGUGUGGCAUCGCCCGCAGAACUGCGAUAUCAUCCCGCUGGCCAAGCUCCAGACCUUGAAGCAGAACACCGAGUCUCCCCGGGCCUCCACCGAAAAUAGCCCCGGGCGCAGCAGCAAUGUCAGCCGAGAAGGCAGCACCAGCUCCUCCCUGGAGCAGGACCUGGAGGGUGGGGAGAAAGCGCAGGAGCAGAACCGGCCCCACCGCCAGCCCUCCCAGUUUGCCACCGUCAAAGAAGAAACAGAAAGUUCCUCACCUCCUGGAGUUUUCGAGAAGGAAUACGAGAUCUAUCGAGAUUACAGCUCUGACGGGCAGCGGCUGCACUACAGGGCAUCUUCUCUGAGGUGGAACACGGGGACCAAGGAGCGAAUGCUCAUCAAGGUGACAGACCGUGAGCCCAGCUUCCUCAUGCACCAGGGCAAUGGCUACACUCCCGACAACCAGCAAGGCACACGAUCGCGCAGGCCCUCGGGCGGCCAGCCGUCCCCCAACCUCCAAACGUUUACACCCGAUUCGGACAGCUCUGUCUUCUUCCCAGAGAGGAAGCAGUCCCCUUUCCUAAAGCGGGCUGACCAUGUGGGCAGUUGCUCCCCACUGCUGGGGCGGGGUGAGUCGUUCUGCUCCCCGCUCCAGGGCCAACACCGGAAGCACUCCAGUGAGUCCCAGCCUUCCUCCCCGCGCUAUGCCUACGAGCCGCCCUUGUACGAGGAGCCCCCCAUGGAGUACCAGGCCCCCAUCUAUGACGAGCCGCCCGUGGAUAUGCAGUUUGAGGCCAGCGGGAGCUACAAAGCCGGUUCGCCACAGAAAUCGCCUAUCCGCAAGCCUCACCCGUUCCUCCAGUCCCCCAAGCAGGGCUCCAACUCCCCAUACCAGCAGCUGGUGUUGACCAAGCAGAAGGGUCCCGACCGAUUCAUGAGCUUGGAGUACAGCCCUGCUGGCAAGGAAUAUGUCAGGCAGCUGGUCUAUGUCGAGCAGUCGGGCUCCAGUCCCAAGAUGAAGACCGGCCUCCGGCACAAAUACUCCCCCAACCCCAUUGGUGGCUCCUACUCACUCCAGCACAGCCCUUGCCUCAUGAGGGACCAGCGGCUGGAGGUCAAAUCUGGGGACUACAGCAGCAUGGAAGGGGCGGAUUUCCGGCACAGCCCGCCCGCCAGCCAGGUCUCGCAGGGGGAAGACUCCAUGUCAUGGUCCAGCCAGCAGAACACCAUGUCCUCUUCAGGUUACUCCCCUGGUACCCGCAAGCGGAAGAGCCGGAAGCCUUCUCUCUCGUACGACCCCAAUGCCUCCUCCACCGACGGCUCCGGCGAACGGGAGGAAGGGCUGCCGGAGGAGAGGCCGCCGUCCGGGUGCAACAGCAGGCCCCAGAUGAACCGCCUGGAGAGCAGGUCCGUGGAGGCUGAGCCGACCAGGGGCUUCCCAGAGCCCUUCUUGGCCCAGGCCCGGCUGGCAUGGGAGGCCCAGCAAGCUCAUUACCACAUGAGGCAGCGGAGCAGCUGGGACUCCCAGAAAGACGGUUCGGGCUACGAGAGCGACGGGGCCGUGCCUCUCCCCAUGCCAGGCCCGGUCGUGCGUGCCUUCAGCGAGGAUGAGGCUCUGGCCCAGCAAGAGAACAAGCAUUGGAAGCGCAAUACCUUUGAGAAGCUGGGCUUCCCGCAGAUCCUGCUGGAGAAGAGCGUGUCCGUGCAGACCAACUUGGCUUCACCCGAACCCUACCUGCACCCGUCCCAGUCGGAGGAUCUCGGCGCAUGCGCACAGUUCGAGAGCAGCAGACAGAACCGGACCAUGAUGCCUAGCACCAGCUGCGUCUUCCCCACCUUCAACCUGAGGAAGCCUUCCUCGGAGACGGACAUUGAGAACUGGGCCUCCAAGCACUUCAACAAGCACACCCAAGGCCUCUUCCGGCGCAAGGUCUCCAUCGCCAACAUGCUGGCUUGGAGCAGCGAGUCCAUCAAGAAGCCCAUGAUCAUGACCACCGACCGGAAUGUCAAGAAGGAAGCCUGCGAGAUCUUCAAACUGAUCCAGAUGUACAUGGGGGACCGGCGGGCCAAGACGGACCAACUCAACGUGGCUCUGGAGAUUGCCACCAAAGGCUGGAGCAUGCAGGGCCUCCGGGAUGAACUCUAUAUCCAGCUGUGCCGGCAAACCACCGAGAACUUCCGCUACGAGAGCCUCGCCCGAGGCUGGGAGCUCAUGUCCAUCUGCCUGGCCUUCUUCCCACCCACUCCCAAAUUUCAUUCAUAUCUAGAAGGAUACAUCUACAGGCACAUGGAUCCAGUGAACGACACAAAAGUGACUCAGCACAUUAAGGAACUCCUGGAAAGGAACAGUAAGAAGAAGUCCAAAUUGAGAAAGAAACCCAAGCCUUAUAUCGAGGAACACGAUGGGGUGGCGAUAAGCACUUAUGCCAAGUAUUGUUACAGCAAGCUCCAGAAAGCGGCAUUGACCGGCGCCAAAAAGGGCCUGAAGAAGCCAAACAUUGAAGAGAUCCGCCAUGCCAGGAACGCCGUCUUCAGCCCUUCCAUGUUUGGCAGCUCCCUGCAAGAAAUCAUGAACAUGCAGAAGGAGAGAUACCCAGACCGCCAGCUCCCUUGGGUGCAGACACGGCUGUCGGAGGAAGUGCUGGCCCUCAACGGAGACCAGACGGAGGGCAUCUUCAGAGUCCCUGGAGACAUUGAUGAGGUCAACGCCCUCAAACUGCAGGUUGAUCAGUGGAAAAUCCCCACCGGCUUGGAAGAUCCUCAUGUUCCUGCCUCCUUGCUGAAACUCUGGUAUCGGGAACUGGAGGAGCCCCUGAUCCCCCACGACUUCUACGAACAGUGCAUCACUCACUAUGAGAACCCUGAAGCCGCGAUCGCCGUUGUCCACUCCCUGCCCAGGAUCAACAAGAUGGUGCUUUGCUACCUCAUCCGCUUCCUCCAGGUGUUUGUGCAGCCGGGCAACGUGGCAAUCACCAAGAUGGACGUCAACAACUUAGCCAUGGUGAUGGCCCCCAACUGCCUGCGCUGCCAGUCGGACGACCCGCGCAUCAUCUUUGAGAACACCCGCAAGGAAAUGUCCUUCAUCCGGGUGCUGAUCCAGCACCUGGACACAAGCUUCAUGGAGGGGGUCCUAUAGCACUGGCGCCAGUAGAACCCGAACAGAAUUGGGCAUCAUCAACCCAUCGAGGCCCCCCCCAAACCUCCAACUCGAAGUCAAUCAGUCAACGAGAACUAUUCUUGAUGCAGCGAAGGGAACACCCUCAGUCGGCACCUGAGCUGAGAGGGCACCUGGAUGCUGCCGCUGCUGUAUGGGUCUUGCCCACCUGUUCCGUCUCUUUCCUUCUGCCCUCUGACUUUGCACAGGAACCUCCGUGGGGGGUUCCCUUGGUGCUUCUGCUGUGGACAAAACGACGCUGCCCCACAGCAGCCCUCCCUUGGAGACAUACUGACAGCCCAGCCAUCUGGAGGAGCAGAUAGUUUGAUCCAGAGAUCCCAAAGAGAAUCUAAAGUCGUGGGCGACCUGGCAAGAUUCAGGUGAACUGAGGAGUGAGUGGGAGAAACAGGGAAGUCUACUUCCUCCCCCUCCUCCCCCCCAGAAAAUUAAUAUUGCCAUGUGCGUUCCUGGGAAAGAGGCACUAGAUACAGGUGUGUGUGUGUGGGGGGGGGGUUGGACAUAAAAGCAGCAGAGGGAGUGGUUUGAACCAGCAAGGUCUAAUUUUCAAGAUGGCAGCUGGAUCCCUUUGAGAUCAGAGGGGAGAGUGAGGGCAACCCAUAAACAACAAGGAGCCCCCCCCCAGUCAAACCCCCGUUAGUCCAGACCUUCUUGAGGAGGAGGUGGCUGUCAGGGGUACAGCUGGGCAUGCACACCAUCUGCUCAUUCAUCCUGAGAUCAGGGAUGGCUGGCUCUCCAGGGGUUGGCCAGCCACAGCCUCCCACCAUCCCUGAAGUCCAUUGCCCAGGCUGGCUGGGCCUGAAAGGAACUACAGGGCCAAAAUUGGCCGGGGGGGGGGAGGGACACAGGUUAACCACCCCCGAUAUCAGGCGUAAGAGUGAAUUAGGAGUACUUGGACCAGUCACUGGGAGUGCCAGGCUGCCAGCGAGGGCCAGAAGCGUGCAGACCUGGGCGCAGUUUGGGCACCGUCCUCUUACCCUUUCCCGCUCCCCUUUCCAGCACAGUCACUGCCAGAAGAGGCCAAACCAUGGUCUCCCCAACUUGUUCUCCUUCGGUAUCCCAAGGCCCAACAGGUGGGCCGGUUAUGCUAUAGGCCCCGGCGGGAUUUCAGAGCUGGCCGAUGACGUUCUGCUGAGUUUGAUCACUGGAAGGCGCCUUGGUCCUGAUUUCUUUGCCUGUCUCGCCAGGCUACGCAUCCUGCACUGUUGCCGGGUGAGACGGCAAGAGGUGCAGACUCUCCUUUCCUACCUCUCCUGGUUAAAUCUGGGUGCGUUCGCCUUGGUUGAGGUGGGAGGGUGGGGUGCCCCCACAUUCAGCCCCACGGGGUCGUGAGCUGAGUCUGUGCUCUCCAUGCGGUCGAAGGCAUGGCACUGGGGUGGUGUUUUCUUUCACCACAUUCAACCUUCUGUCUCGGGAGACUGACUGACACUUGCCGUUGAGCAUUAAAGGACCAGGUACAGGAGGUGUUUCCACACGGAUUGACGUUGGAGACAGGCCAAACUUCCCCGAGGUUCCCGUUCCACUUUGUACCCCGAGUUUAUGUCACACAGAGACUCCUUGUCCCUAAAUUCUUGCUUUCUUAUGACCAUUCCUCAUAAAGGUCCCAGAAUCUUCAUUUCAGAAAUGGGGCAAAGAACUGCUUCAUAGUCUCUUCCUUAGACUGGCCAUGUAACAAUUCCAGGCACGUUUGGAGGGAUGGGGGUUAUCUUUGCUACUGAAGCUCCCUCCCCUAAGGGGAAAAAAUGGAAAUUUGGGGGAGAAACGAAACUGCAUCUCUGUGAACUGCUUUUCUCAUCACUCAGGACUGGGGAAUACUAGCUUGCUACUCGGCUUGCAUGAGAGACAUCCCCCCCCCACCUGCACUUUGGAGCUGCAUUUUAGUUAUCUGUGCAGGGCUGUCGUUUUUAUUUCUCACAUUUUCUACUGAGAGUGAAGAAAACAAUAGCUGGCUUCCUUUCAGUUCGUUUCCUUCAAGAAUCAAAAGUCUCCCCUCCCCACCAAAUCUCUUUGGAAUGUUUGAGAAAGUCUCUGACUAGAACUGUGUGGAAAGGCCUCCUGUCAACUCCAUCACCCUCAAGUUCCCAAGUCUUCUUUUAUGUAUAUUCUAUAUUCCUAGAGCAACUGGGACGGGGGGUAGAUUUGGAAGAGUUUCAGAGGUUCGCACGGCUGCCGUAGUGAGGGACUUUGCACAUCCCUGACCUGCCGGCAUAGCAGUUUUUUUGUUUAUCCCGAGCAGGCUUGCAUGAUUUCAGUGGGUGGGGGAAGUCUUGUAUCCCACCACCCACCCAGUUUGGGUAGCCCAUAGACCCAUGCCUUCCAUCAUUCUAAUGCCAACAUGGGCAUAGACUGAUGAAGCCGGCCUGCAGAGCCUCCUCCCUUCACAGACAUCCCAGUGGGGCGCUGCCCCCUUCCCCGCCCAUGGGAAGCCGGGGCCUGACCGGAGAGGCUUCCUCUCUCUCCUCCUCUGGCCUGCAGGGUUUCAGAACCAGCUCAGCUCCCUUGCUCCCCUCGGCCUAGCAAGAUCACCAGGGCAAGGAAGGGGUGGCGGGUAAGGUUCAGGGACAGGUGAGUUAGGAGGUGGGAAUGCCCCUUCUCCAGUGAGGCCACACUGCUGGCCUUUAUCUCUCACCAGGGGAUGUUAGCCACUGUCUGCUGAGGCUACCGCAGCUGGUACCAAGCAUCCUUCUCCGCUUCCAGAGAAUUGGCACAUCCAUUCUCACAACAGAGCUUCCCCCCAUUUCAGUUGGUUUUGGCAAGGCCUCUUCCUGGCCACCUUGGGGCAUCCACGUGUGCCCCCUAGAGGGUUUCCACUCACGCUUAGACCUUGGGCAAGUUGAGGAGCUGCAUCUAGGGUGCUCGGCGGGGCUCUCGAUACUGCUCUCCAGAGAAAGUGCCUUUUAUCCCCACAGAAAACACCACGAGAAUCAGCCAGGCCUUCCCCGCUGGGCACACACAGCCACUUUGUAAAAUGCACCCAAAGUUCUCAACGAAGCGUUCCUUUAGUAGCUUGACCACAAGCUACAUUGGCUGUAGAGAAGCGCCAAGAUAAGGCUCCAAAUGCUCCUUUGCUUUCCCCUCUCCUCUCCUUGCCUGUUCCCGCACGUUGGCAGGAUGGCUAGACCCAUGUCUAGAUCAGUGCUGGGUGGCGUGGUGAUGUAGGGCCUUGGCAUCAAGAUGAGCAUCUGUGUAACUCAUUGCUGCAGGUUAAUGUGAUAGCACGAGGGGCAAGGGUUUUGACAAAAAGCCUGGAUAAGAGGGUGGGGUCCUUGAAUGGCCAUUCACCGCGUUUGCCGGAAAAAACACAACCUUUGUAGCAAAUGAAAGCGGAAGGGGAUUCUCCCUUUCAGAAAUUAGUGGGAGCACUUCAAUAUUUGGAGGCAAGGUUGGGCUUGAGGAUCGUAGAUGGAAGGAGGGUCAGCUGGGACAGCAAGAAGACUGGGAUGUCUACAGCCAAAGCAGCCAUUUGUUACCCAAAAACGAGAUCUGCGGGGCCAGCAGUCUUCCAAUCCACCAAUCCCAUCUCAUCACCCAGGGAGCAUCCUCCUCUCCUGGCCUAGAACCACAGCCCUCUCCCUCCCAAAGGGUCUUUUUGUCACUUUCAGUGACCACUUUGCUUUGAGAGUUGACACCUAGGAAAGAUGCAGGAAGAGUCUCUGUGACCGCAAAUGCUGAAGUCCAUCUGCUCAUGGCCUCCAAGGUGUUGGCGUCUAUGAUGGUGCUGAGGUUGGCUUUGGGCAGGUGAGCCAUGGGGUAUGCGUGGCCAUGGGGCAGGGGGCGGGGAAGUAGCACUACCUUCCUGGUGACUUUUUAUUAUCAAAACAGGCCAACCCAGUUCUUUCCUCUUGGUCAGAACCCUUGGAAACUUAGGAGGGGCUCACUGAUGAGAAGAUCAUUAAUGGUGGACAAGCUGCUUUCAGAGACAGUCUUCCCAUGGAAAGUGUGAAUCCAGACCAAAUUUGGGGAGGGUUCUGUAAGCAAUUUGGGCUGGCAUCGACCAGUGGCACGGUUUGUCAUGCCUGACUGGCUAAGUGCAUGAUUUAGGGGAUAGUUUUGAACCCUCAGCAAUUUUGCGGCAGAUUGAUGUAGAGAAGGAAACCUGGAGGGUGAAGGCGAGGGUUGAAAAUUGCUUGUUUAAUCCACAGAUAAGGGGUGGCUAACCUGUGGCUUUCCAGCUGUUGCUGAACUACAUCUCCCAUCAUCCCUGAUGGUGCCGGCUGGGGCUGAUAGGAGCUGAGGGCCACAGGCUAGCCACUCUGGCCCAGAUACAUCUGUUCCUCCAAAUAAGUUUUUUCCUGUGUGCAGGGCUGGGACUAGGCAUGACUAGACCCUUGGGCACCAGCCUGUCCCGGGCCCAUGGCACCUGCCUGCACCUACCUCUCCUGCUGCAGUAAAUGCUGGCACGCACAUGCCUGGCAUCAACCAAGAUGGUGGCAGGGGCAUCAGCCCCUUAGGGAAGCCUUGGCUGCCAUCUUGGUUGAUGGCAGGCAUGUGCACAGUGCAGCCAGCAUUUGCUCCAAUGGGAGAGGUAAGUGGGGUGUGCAGGUGGGAGUCACAGACCUGCACCGUUGUGUGUGGGGGUGCCUGUGACCUCCCUCUCUGUGAUCCAUGGCAGGGUCAGGAGCCAACGCUACCGUAGAUCGCAUAACAGGAGCAAUACCCACCCAUCCUAAGGAGGGACCCUUCAGGGGCCCUCGGCCAGGACCUGACCUGGCCACCCUCUGGCGCUGGCUCUGCCUGUGUGAUGACACCAUCUCAUAGGGCCAGUGGGUUUCUGCCCUCCCAUCUGUUCAGCCAAUAAGAAUUUAUUAUAUAGAGGUAUAAAGGGGGGGGGAGUCCCAUUAUAAAUUUGCUAACAACAUAGUUUUAACCCAGAGGUGUAUAUAUCUUAGUACCUAUCACUGGGGCUCUUUGUUUGUAUGAAAAAAAAUUGCUCUAAUCUCAAUUUUUGGCUAUUUAUUUUAUUGCUGUUUUGAAAAAUUCGCCUCCUUGAGUUGACGAAAAAUAUAUUUAUUUCCUCCCUAAUGGUGAUAGAGCUUUCUGAUUUGGAUUAAAGGAUUAAAUAGCACCCAUACAUGGUCUGUACCUACGAAGUUUGAUGCUUUGUCAGACAAAAGCAUUUUAACUGCAACAACUGUGAGUCUUUAAAAUAACAGUGACAGCAAGGUGGUUGACAGAAUGUGGCUUAUAGAUGAAUGAGAUGGAAAUUGGUUAGUAGUGAGUCCCCUGACCUUCACUCCCCUUUCCUGGGUGGUUCCAUCUCUGCUGCUUUCCCCAUAAAAAGCCACCCCUUCCCCAAUAUCUAUAUCCAACUCCUGCUUCUUUGAUUAAUUUCGAGAUCUAGUUUUCCAUGAAGUUACUUUAGUGGAUUAAGGUAACUUUGCUGCCUUGCUGGGAAACCUAACAGAUUUAUGGAGUUUUACACUUCUUUCUGUGGCAGUUCUGUUUGUUUGUUUAUAUGCACCGAUCGCUUUGACAAUCCAUUAACAUUAAAACUGCAGAGGCGCAUAGCUGCAAGGUGUGUCUUGCUUUCACACUGCUGGGCAACUGACUACUGGCAUCUGCUCUGUGCUGUGGGUCACUUGUUUGUGCUGAAGAGCAACCUGGAUGUUGGAUCCUCACAGUGGACUAGCACCUUUGUGUCUGCCCAGAGUCCUCCCACCCAUCUAUCCCAAACUAAUGCUUUGGGCGUAGUUGGCAACCUUUCUUUCUGCUUUCCAUGCUGUCACCCUGUGCCAAUGGGAAGUGUCAUCCCCUCCAAACAGAUCUUUAUUACCAGUGAUGAGUGGAGACAGAAAGUACAGUGCAGUUUACUGAGUGCACCCACCUCUGUUGCAAGCAACUUACCUACCAUUGUCCAAAUUCUAAGGACCAAUUUCUGGUCCUUCAGACACAGUAAAGGAAGGAAGAGGCUAACUGAGACAGGAACCAUUACUUGGUUUUGGACACCAGUUGAGCAAAGAACUGAAUCUAAUCAAGUGCCUUAACAGCUUAAUGGGCCAUUACCUAUUACUGACAAAGCUAUAGCCUGAGCCGUUUACGUUUGCAAAUUUGGAGCACAUAGUUUUCCAAAUGAAGUCGUCCAAGAGAAUUAAGGGUUGGGGUAUUUUGUGGGUGGGUGGGUGCAAUCUAAUACAUCUUGUUCCCUCGUUGUUGUUUUCUUUUGCUUGCUUACGUUGGAAUCUGAUGUUGUAACUUUGGGCAGCUGUUUAGGGACAGAAAUGCCCAGUAUAAAGAGGCUCCGCUGUAAAUGAGUAUCUUGGAUUCAUUCUUUUCUUUUUUUCAAUGGGGGAACAUACGCCAUCAGCAAGAGAUUCUGGUGAUUUCAGGCAUGUUUGUUUUCAGUAGGCAACUUACCUAACAUGGCCUGCUAUAUAAACAACCUUGGCCAAUCAGCUCCAGCACUGAGGCAAAACCAUGAACACCCGGGAGCGGGGGAUAUUGCAUUGCCUUUCAUCCCACCAUCUCUCAGGAGUCCACCGGAGAAGACCAGGAGCCAAACGAAGCGGGCACAGUUGGUAGGAGCAAUCGUUUGACUUUGCUGAAGCAACAGAAAGGUGCAGAUGGGUUGGAGGCUUCAGGAAGGUGGAUUUAGGCUGAAAUCGGGCCUCAAUACCAGUCACUGGGGACCAGCAGUGGGAGAGGCCUAUUGCUGUCAUGUCCUGCGUGUGGGCCCACUCCAGGAAAUGGGAUGCUGGACUAGAAAGAGGGACCUUUUGGUCUAGCAGGGCUCUUUGAGAGCAUUUGGCCACAGACAGCAGUUGCACAGGAUGCCUGUAUCUGCGCAUUCUGCAGAGGCGUUGCAAGGGACCCUGGGUGUGCUCCUCAAGUGGGACAGUGCUGUCCCUUGUGGUGGCCCUGGGUGCGCCUGAGCGCCACUGCAAGGGAAGGGAGCUCGCCUCCUGAUGCAAUUCGACAUACCAGGCUGUGGAGAAGAGGGGUUAAACUAGGAAGAGCAAAGGAAGACCAGGAGAACUUGAUGGCCACAUUGAGCUGCCCCCUGGAUCCUGUCAUGAGCAAGGAUCAAAGUCACAAUAUGCCAUGAAUCUCCAGGAGAGGUACGGCAGCCUGAAUUCGUUUAUUCCCAGAACCUUAUAGCCCUCUUUUCUGAUGUGCAUGCAGACACAAACACACACGUACUCUUCUGACUUGGCUUGUUUCGAGCAGGAUUUCAGGUCCAUCUUUAAUGUCGUCAUUUGUUACACAAAAUAGCCUUCCUCCCGGGGGCUGAUGGGAGUUGUAGUCCAAAACAUCUGGAAGGCAUCAGCUUGGGGAAGACUGCUGCUAGAUGGCCUGCUGAGUGACAUGGGCCUUGUGCACGGUCGGUGCAGUGUGACUGAAACCACUGGAGAUAAUUCAGGAGGUGUGGAGGCUGAGAAUGGGGUUUGAUUACACCUUCAGUGGAGCUCAACAGAGGCCUUAGUGCAGUGGUACCUUGGACAGCUCCUUGAAUGUUGGUACUAAAACCUGGAGCGGAUUCCAUUGCGCCACUGGCAUGGAGCCACCAGCCAUCCCUGCUUUAGUGAAACAGAAUGCCAACAUUGGACCCACAGCUCCUCAGCUGCAUUCGCUUUUUUGUGUGUAAAGAAAGAGGAGAAAGAAGCAAAAAUGAGUUUUUGGACUGAUUGUAUGUUUGGGGCCCAAUUCCCUUUUAAAUCCUAUGCUGCCUCCCUUCACCCUGGGGCAUUUUGGGGGCUCAGAUUUUAUUAACUCCAUUUGUAAACUUAUUUUUCAUCUAUUUGGAAAUAGUGUGUGUGGGCACCAGAGAUAGCUACUAUGGUGCCCUACAGCUGUUAUUGGACUACAACUCCCAUCAUCCCCCGCCAAUGGUCAGGGUUGAUAGGAGUUGUAGUUAACAAUAUCUAGAGGGCACCACGCUGCCUUUCCUGGUAUACAAACACACGUGUGUGUGUUGUUGCUUUUUAUUACUGUCUUUAUUUAUUAAAAAAAAAAUAAGAUGGCUCCUCCACCUCUAAUCCUUAAGGGACAGGGUGUGCUUUUCAUGCACAUCUCACAUUGCAUAAAAUGAUAAAAUACAGGUAGCCAUAACUUCAAAGGGAGCAAUCUGCAUCCACCAUCACAAUGCAAUGCAAAAUUUGGAAGUUUGGUAAGGUUUCUGUAGUAAUUGCAAAAUGAAGAGCAGAAGGGAGUAAGCUUGUUACUUCCUAUACCUACCUCCUUGGCAGCAAAGGAGUGGCUAUAGGAUUACAGCCUUAACUGAUUUCAAAAUGGCCCUGUCUCUAUUGCGGGCCAUCUCAUUUUGAAGAUGGCUUUUAGCACAUGCCAGUUUAUCCAAAGGAAACAAAAACAGUUCUUCCAUUCUUAUACCCCAUCCUUCUCAAUUAAUUGGGAUGUGCUCUCAUUGAGGUGGUGUGUGCGAAGGCCCGGCUCACUCUGCCAGCAGCCACUCCUGUUGUCUAAUAAUUUCUUUGUUAAACCUUUCCUUCAGCAAAAUGCACACACAUACAAAUUCAACUCCUUCAUAAGGUCGUCUCUGGGCUUAAACACGAACUGCAGAGCUAUGAAUGAGAGAAAAGAUCCAGAACUGAUAUGUGGUGGAGUGGGGAUGCAGUCAGUGAGCACAGAACUUUGCCCCCUUAAUCCCAAACAGCUGGACUCCCAUCAGCAGUUACUCUCAUUUUGGGCUGCCGGACUUUCUCUGACCUACUUAGCAUAGGCAGAAAAGGAGCCUAUAUUGAGGUAUAGGAUUCGCCUUAUGCUAGCGUGUCUUUUACCAGUAGAAUUCUCCGUGAGGAAGGAAGUUGGGUUUUUCCCCCCAUGGAGAAUGGACCAGUUCAUUCAUGACAAGUAUAAAAUGUAGGCUCUUGUCCAAACUGCCCCCCUUUGAAAGAGCACUCCGUGCAUAUGGCGUCACUAGAAGCAAUUCCCUCGUGCAUCUCUGGACUCAGAGAGGCCAGCUUAUGUUUCUGAAGGGUAAAUGUUUCAGUACCAGAAACUGUUGGCUUCAUUAAAUAACCUUCAUCUGUCACUGGUCUUGUGAUACAUUGUAAUAUUUACAGUGUAUGAGGUUGUUUUUUAAAUACACAUUGAACAACAGACCCAAUUCUUGUCCUGCCUAAGAACAGAUGAAAUGUUUUAAUGUAGCAGUGAGAUGGCUUGUGCUGGCUUUGCUGGCAAAGUGACUAGCCUUGGUGUAAUAAGUGGCUCAUAGCUGCCUGGGAUAAAUUGUCGAAAAGCAACUCUGACACAGUCUGUUCAUACAACCAUCUGAGUGUGGAAAAAGUCCACACGUGCCAGUUCCCAGCCUUUGCCAAGCUGGUUACACAUGAAUCAUCCACGGACACAUGUGGGAUUCAGAUCUUGCCAUAUCACUAGUGGCUUGACGCUGGCUAGUCACACAUGCAGAUUUUACCCAUUGCCCACCAUGCACACCAGUGGCUAUGUCAAUAAGCAGUGCAGUGAGGAUGGUUUGCUAUAAGCUCAACUCAGACACAUGACAGAGUGUUCACAAGACUAAUCACAGCAUGAGGAAACUGGUUGUGUGAAAUGACUACACCACCUUGCAGGGGAGAAGCCAGCUGUGUUUAAAUCAAAGAAGCAACAGUCUACCACUGGACAAGCAUCUGGGUUGAGUUGUGUUUGCCUAGUCUUGUUUCCCAUUUCUCAUCUCUUUCCCAACUUGGUUUUCCCAACAAUGGCUUCUUCAAGAGCAGGUGGUGUAACAGUUAUCUAGGCACAGAGCUGAAAAUUAUUGCAGAGAAAGGUCAAUAUAAAAGAGCCAAUACAGGGACUUCUCUCUGUCCAUAUUGGAUGGUUUUUCAUUUUGGUGUCUUGGAGGUGUGUGCGCAGGUGCAUGCAUGCAAAAUCAGGACAUUAAAUUAUUGGACUGAGGUUGAUUGAACCCUAUUUGGCCUUACAAGUGAGCAAUUCUUAGUUUCCCUUCCAUUCCUUCUUACCUGUUUGAACAUCUGAUCUCCACCCAGUUCCUUGAGAUUUUCCUUGGACAAUCACCCUCAGGCACUGGGCAAGGGGCAAAAAGGACAGGUUGGUCGUUUGGUCACUUGGAGUCAUGGCUGGAUGGAGAUGGGGCGUUUCCAGGAGGGCCUGGGCCUCCCUGGCAGUUUAGAGGGGCAACCUACUGUGUAACGUUGUCUGACUAACGCUUGUAAUUAUGAAGCAUGGAAAUGUAGAGGCAACUCCAUGUUGUGUGAAUAAAAGAUGAAUA